AGACGCUCUGGUGGGAGAAGGGGCUCGACACGGGAGCUCUGUUUCUGCUGUUUUCCAUGAGGUUUUCUUUUUGGCUGCCUCCAAGCAAUUCCUGGCACUUGUUUAUAAGUGUUCGUAGAGCUCCGGACCAAGGCAUGACCCUGGUAAUACAAACAUUUUGGGAAAUGGGAUUUAUAAAGAAGCAUAGUGCACAGCCACACCCUUCAUCCUCCAACAAUAAGUUUGCCAAAAGAGCAAAUCUUUGUCUUCAGAGAUUCUCACAGAAACAGAGGAUAAAAACAGUAUCUUCUAUCAUGUUUACACCUACAGUGCCAAAAAAAAAUGCUGGUGUCUUAGAAAGCAUGAGAAAAAUAGAAAAGACUGAGUUUGGAGAAUGGUGUUUUGUAGAAAAACUGAAGCAGCUUCAUUGCUUCAUCAUCGUAGAAGAAUCAUUAACAAACAACUUAAUGACAGCCAGUCAGUAGAUGCUGGAAGAAAAUUGCUGGUGACGUGGUUUUUAAUAGGCAAAAAAAUGGCCCAGCUCCAAACCACUGAGUGUUUAAAUUAGGCCAGAAGGAGGAUGAAGAGAGCAAUGGGAUUCACUCAGGUUUUCAAGGAGUACACUGAGGAAGCAUGCUGAGAACUAGAGGUGGUUUCAGUGGAGCUAGCAGGAGGGGUGUUUUGGAACCAGGUUAGCAGACAGCAAUUUAACUUAAAAAGAGCACAAAAAAUGGAUGCUGACUUUUUAAUCCUACACUCUGUUGUUCAAUUGCAGAGCAUAACAUGCUGGAGGAAGAAGUUCCUUGAAACAUUCUUCUCCAACGUACUCCAUGGUGUCCUGGACGUUUCCUCUGACUGGCGCCUCCACGACCGUCACUUCUCUCCGCUGCUGCACAGCUCCCCGCACGUUUCCCAGCUCACCCUGUGCAACAUGCUGCAGGGGGCUGUGGAACUCACUGCCCAGCACAACCACGAGGUGCUGGAAAACCUGGCUGCCUCCCUGCGGGUCCUGAAGUUCCAGCACCUCCUCUCCUGUGACCAGUCUAUCAGGCGCUCAUUGGUUUUGCUCCUCCACCGGCUGAUCCACCACGGCUCUGUCAGCCAGGUGUCCAUGUGCUCCUGGCCUGUUCCUGACACGGUUCUUCUCAUCCUCAUCCUCACCAUGAGCGCUGGGUUUUGGCGCUCAGGAAAUGCCCUCGCCUGUCAGGGCAGCCCUUGUGGCCUUUGCAGAGAGGAGGACCAGGCCCAAAGCCAGCAGUCAGCACAGGAGGGAGCAGAGAGGGGCUGUGAUGCUGAGCGGGAGGGGAGCGGUGCUGAGAACCAGAAGAGAUCCCCGAAAGAGGCUGAUGCUUGCAUGACCUCUGUCCUCUCUGGCCCCAGAAGUGCUCCCCUCCAAAACCCAGCGUGUGAAGAGACAAGCAGUGAGGUGUCCUGUGGCCACACCAACAUUCAGGGUGGCUCUUCCCCUCGUUCCAGCUCACAGCAGCUGUCCUGUCACCCUGUUCCUCGAAAGACACGCAGAUGGCAGAAACCUGCAGUGGGGAGGAAACGUCGCUGCCUCAGGCGGAGCAGGGGACACUAUGCUGACCCAGAAGAUCUCUACGAUUUUGUUUUUACUGUUGCUAGAGAGGAUAAUUCAGGGUUACUGGACAAAACCAGGACCACAGAGGGAGAGAACACUGAGAAUUGGACUAGUUCUUCCCCAGGAUCUCCAUGCACUGGCCAUGUUGGCUGUAAGAAAAGAGGAGGACCUGCUGCAACCCUUUCUCUGAAAGCUGCUCACCGCUUCCGAAGUGUCUCCACGCUGGAAUUGUUCUCCAUUCCUUUGACUGGGGAGACAUGUCGGACUCUGAGUAACCUGCUGAGCUCCUGGGUGUCUUUAGAAAACCUGGUUCUAUCCUACAAUGGCCUGAAUGCCAACAUCUCCUGCAUCCUGUCCGGGCUCCGGGCCCUGUCGCGGCACCCCGAGUGCCGGUUCCGCGUGCUCCGCGUGAGCGACAUGUUCUCGCACAUGCCCUGCAUGGAGCUCGUGCGCUGCGCCCUGAGCGCCCUGCCCCAGCUCCACACGCUCUCUGUCAGCUUCGACCUCAAAAACCAGCUGGAGGCCACCAGGCUAGAGGCGAGUCCAAGCUGCAGUGAGGCAGAAAUCCCAGAAAGCUGCCUGGAGGUGCUGGAGAUGCGAUUCCCUAGGGAACCUCUGCAUGCUGCGCUCCUGCUGCCGGUGCUCAAGGCGUCCAAGUCCCUCCAGCAGCUGUCCCUUGACAGUGCCACCCUGCCCUGCCCCCAGGAGCUGGGGCUCCUUUUGGAGGUGCUCAAAGAGUGUACUCCAAAUUUGAAGAAACUGAGCUUUCAUGAUGUGAACCUGGCUGAGCACCAGAAAGAAGUUCUGCUUCUGCUCCAGGAUCCUGGCCUACAAGAAAUCACCUUUUCCUUCUGCCGGCUGUUUGAAAGCUCCACUGCUGAGUUUUUGUCAGAAAUAAUCAAUACAGUGAAAAGAAAUUCAUCACUCAAGAGCCUCAAACUGCCUGGGAACCGCCUUGGGAAUCACAGGCUGGUUGCCCUUGCAGACAUUUUCUCUGAAGAUUCCUCCUCUUCUCUCUGCCAGCUGGAUGUCAGCUCAAACUGCAUCAAACCUGAUGGGCUCCUGGAGUUCACCAAGAAGCUGGAAGGCCACAUCCAGCAGAGAGGGGGACAGCUUCCAUUCACACAGCUGCGCCUGUUCCAGAACUGGCUGGACCAGGAUGCAGAGACAGCGCAGGAGGCGCUGCGGCGGCUCAGGGCCCUGUGCAGCGUUGUCAGCGACGCCUGGGACUCCUCCCAGGCCUUUGCUGACUACAUCAGUGUCAUGUAGGGACACAGGAGCAGGGGAAACCCAUCUCCAUCUCAUUUCACAGCACAAGCUGGGGGUUCUUCCCCCUUUCAAGCAGUACAGCUUUGCUCCUUUCACUCUGCUGUUCAUUUGAAGGAGUGUGACACUGCCGUGACACAGCAGAGCACAUGGGCCAACUGCUGUAUUUCCAGGUGAUCCAACUCUGCCAUCUUUUCGAGUAUCAUAAAUGGACAUACAUCAAAUCAGCUUCUGAAACAGUUGUUUACAUCACUGGGUGUGUGACAGAUUUCAUGUUGUUUCAGCCAAUGUCUCACCAAUAACCAUCUCCAGCAUGGGAGAGACUCAAAAGCCAUUGGGUUGUGGUCCUUGACAACCAGGUCUAGGUGCUCUUGUUUUUGAGAAGUAUUGGACAGUAUCACCUGACAUCCCUUCCAACUUCUUCAUUUUGUGGUCUGUGCAAUAGGAACUCCUCCCUCCACUAAAGGGACGAGAAAACAAGCUAACAAAGCCCCCAGGCUUGACCUUUUUCCACUUGAAAAUUUGUACUUUACACCAAAAAAUUCUUUAUGUACCAAAUAGCUUGCUGUUUAUUUGCAAUCACACUGCCCUUUUCCAGUGUCUGCAGUCAUUUUACAGAGGUUUUGAAUAGUUUGUUAUUUUGUAACAUUUUUGUAAUAAAAUUUUAAUUAAGAAUCAUAA